CAAUCCCGCUUCAGUAGUAGCCCCCAAGCAGUCGCCUGGUAAAGACUGAUCUCAAAUAAUAAACUGCUUACAAUCUUUUUUAAAGGCUUUUUUUUAUUUAUUUAAAAAAAGAAGAAAAAAUGUCCUAGUGUACCUUUUUUUAAUUUCAAAAAUUGUAUUUUUUGUUAUAUUUUUAAAAAAUGUUUUAAGUUUUUUUUGUUUUUUUUUAAAUUUUUGUUUUCGUUUUUUUGAGUGUUGAAAAGUUCUAAAAAUAUUUCUUCAUUUUUUUAUUAAUCGUUGAAAAACUUGAAUAAAUUUGAAAAAGAAAGACGAAGAAAAAAAACAGUGAAAGCAAUAUGGCUAGUUCAGCAGAGAAACCAUUUAUCGUAGUGAAGGAGGAUGAUCUGAAAGAGAUCGUCUCCGAUGAACUGGAUCGAAUUGGUACCGGUGGCAAAUGGGUUUGGACACUUUUCUUCCUAUGCAUUACACCAAAUAUACUCAAUGGCUUUCACGUAUCAUCUUACGUGUUAAUUGGCCAUAUUCCCGAAAAAAUGUGGUGCGAUAUAAGUGAGCUAAAAGACACCAAUUGGACACCUGAACAAAUCAAAUCAAUCACAGAAGCUGAUUUGCAAACAAAUGGCUGCACUAUACGAAAUUGGGAUUACACCCAAUUGGCCAAAAUGUCUUACAAUAUGGCUUAUAACUACACAAAUAGGGUUAUAAAACCUAAUGAAAUAUCAUGUACGGUCAAGGGACGGUAUGAGUUUUCAGAACCAGAAACGACAUUUGUUCGCGAUUGGCAACUGGUUUGUGAUAAAUCAGUUCAGCGUACAUCAGCUCAAGUAGCAAUUUCAAUAGGAAAGUUUUUAGGUUCAUUUACACUUGGAAUCUUUGCUGAUGCGUAUGGACGUAAAGCGAGUUUUAUAUUCGGAUCUGUCCUAUUUGUGAUAUCAAGUACUCUGAUUUCAUUUACACCAUGGUACUCACUAUUCUUGGCUGGACGUUUUGGUUUGGGAGUUGCAUCUUCAGGACUUUUCUAUCCAGCUUUCUCUCUGCUUUCAGAAAAUAUAAGUGUCAAUCAUAGAUCUUGGAUGAGCAUUGCUUUUUCAGCAUCCUAUCCCAUUGGCAUGGUUAUUCUGGCAGUUACGGGUUAUUUAGUUCAACCGUGGAGAGAUCUUCAAAUGACUCUAACCAUUCCAAGCUUUUUAUUAAUUCUUAAUUGCUACUUAAUGUUUGAAUCUCCACGUUGGUUAAUGACACAAAAUCGAUCUGCCGAAGCAUAUAGAAUAGUUUUCAAAAAAGAUUGUGACUAUCUAAUUGAAAAUGGUCCUGAAAUUGUUAAAAACAAAAGAACGGAUGAUCCAGCACCAAGAUCUCUCUGGCAAAAGAUGAAAGAAGGUCCACUUAAGCAAUUUAUUGCUUUAUAUGGAAAUUCGAAUACAAGACGUCUAGCAUUUACUUGCUAUUUUAUGUUUUGCGUUACAUCACUGUCAUAUUAUGUUACUGCUUUGAACGCGCACAAUUUAUCGGUGAAUCGAUUUCUUUACGUGGGUAUCACUGGCAUGGUAGACAUUCCAUGCUUCGCUAUUCCAAUGAUUUUAUUAAAAAUCACAGGUCGACGAAAUACCACAAUGUUACUCUACUUUGGAGCAGGAUCAGCUCUUUUGGCAGUUCUUGCUGUUCCAGCAGGAAACGCAAAUUUAGUAGUAUUAUUUGCAAUGAUGGGACGCUUUGGCAUCACUGCAGUGUAUUCAAUAGUUACACUAUACACAGCUGAACUAUUUCCAACUGCUAUUCGUAACUCAGCGCUGGGUACCUGUUCAACAAUGGCUCAUGUUGGAUCUAUUUCAGCUCCAUAUGUAGUUGAUAUUUUGGGUCUCCUUGGCUGGUACAUUCCAACAACAAUUUGCGGUUGUUCCGUAUUACUUGCAAGUCUUUUGACAUUCACGUUACCUGAAACGAGUAGUGGUAAUCUCGAUCACAUAGAAGAUGAUAGCGAAAAAGAAUCGAUUAAGGAUUCGGAGGAAAACUAAUUAUAUUAUUUUAAUUAGUAAUUAUUAUAUGCAUGUUGUUCAUAUUUAAGAUUAAAACUUAAAUUAAGUUAUAAAAAUAUCGAUAUAUAUUAUGUUAAUACAGGUUUUUUUUGUAUACAAAGUUAUGAUUUUUGUUUUUUUGUUUGUGUUAUUAUAUUAUCAAUGUAUGUUUGAUAUGGAAUUGUUACAGUAUAAAUGCUUGGAAUACCAGGUUGUCCACAAGUAAUUCCAUGUGACACUAUUCCAAAAAUGUAGUCUUUUCCAUGGACGGAACAAAUGAGGGGUCCACCUGAAUCACCCUGCAAAAGGAAAAAUAAUAAAUGAAAUUAGAAUUAUGCAA